AUGAGUGAAAUCGGAUCUUCUGUUCCGGUAGAUGAGAAUAGGCCUCUUUUCACAGAGGAUGAGAUUGAAGCACAAGCAAACUCGUCCACAACAUGGCCCCUAAGCAGAAUUAGGAUAGCAAGGUGUGAGUGGAAGCUUUGGAGUGCAUUGGCAUUUAUCUUUGGAGCUUCAGCUUACAUAUAUUCGUUUUCAAGAGUGAUGAAGGAUUCCUUUGUUUUAUCUCGACAAUUGCCAGUUGCCAUUUCAUUUCUUAAGACAUGCUUUGUUCUUCCCAUGUCCAUCAUAGCUACAGGUGUUGUGCAGAAGCUUCUAAUGACUCGGACAAUAUCGAAAGUCUUUGACUAUACUUUACUUGCGUUUUCAUUUCUGUAUACCCUAACAGGGGCUGUGCUUUUUCCUUUUGCAAGGAGUAUCCAACCAGGAUUCUACUUUUCAAGGGAUAUCUUUGCAGACGAAAAGAUGGCAUACAAAGGAUUUGAGUUCCUCUUUGCGAUUUUUCUGAUAUUCAAUGAAUGGACCACGAGUUUUGUCUAUGUGUGUGCAGAGUUGUUUGGGUCAUUAGUUGUACAGUUUAUGUUCCUUUCGUUUGCAAACGAGGCACUUACUGUCAGACAAUCCACACGAAUGGUACCGUUGUUUUACGUUGUUUCCAACAUUCUUCUUCUUCUGUCAUCUGAAUCGACAUCUUUCUAUUCAAGGAAGGUAAAGGAAUGGGACUAUGACACUACGAGCUGGGUUACAAACUCUUUCUUUGUUAUAUUUGGAGUUAUUAUAGCCAUUACUUACCUAGUCAAGAAGUAUGCGGAAAACACUAUCCUUAAGAAACAGCUAUUCAUAAGAACAGAAGGAGUUAAGAAGAAGGGAAAGAAAUCUUCGGCUGGGUUUUCUGAGAGUUUGAAGCUGAUGGCGCAAUCCAAGUUUUUGGUUGCUAUGGUUUUGAAUGCCCUCUUCUAUUAUGCAGGUACAAAUCUCAUCGAAUCUUCGUGGAAGAAUGGUAUAAGUGUUGCUGCAGAUGCCUAUAACAUGGAAAAGAGAGCAUAUUCUGCCUCCAUUGUAUCCGGAGAACAACGGGUUGUUGGUGCCUUAGUUGCAAUAAUUUUGCUGACACCCAUAUCUACCCUUGUGCAGACACAUGGAUGGAUAACUAUGGCCAUUGUACCUCCAUUGGUUACAUUGGUAUCUUCUAUAGUGGUAUUUGGAUCAGCAUUCUUUAACUAUUCAAAUUACCCACCUGGGAAGACAGGGGUUGUUCUUUCUUCUUUAGUCAAAGGAUAUACCCCGAAUUUCUAUUUAGAAUGCAAUAUAGGGAUUUAUUGUGUGAGCGGAAUGAAGAUAGCGAAGUAUGCCUUUUAUGACAUUUCAAAAGAAGCCAUUUCACUUCAAAUUGAUCCAUUAUACAGGCCUAGGUUGAAGGCAGUUUACGAUGGGCUUUGUGGAAAGCUUGGGAAGUCAAUAGGGUCUCUCUAUGCAAUGUUUUGGUCUUUAAUGGGAUACAACGACGUAAGGGCUGCAGCACCCAUUACUCUAGGCAUGUGGUUGAUAAUAUCACCCAUCUGGAUAUUCUCGGUUAUAUAUCUAAAUCGAAAAUACAAUCAAUCCAUUCAGACUUCAUCUCCAAUUGAUCUUGAUCUUUUCUCUGGGAAGAAGGAUCUCGAAUAA